CCGGUUUGGCGGAACUGACGGCGACGAAGGCGCCGAAGGAUGGAGGCGGUGGUUUUCGUCUUCUCGCUCAUCGAUUGCUGCGCCCUCAUCUUCCUUUCCGUCUAUUUUAUAAUCACAUUAUCUGAUUUAGAAUGUGAUUACAUCAAUGCUAGGUCUUGUUGCUCAAAAUUAAACAAGUGGGUGGUACCAGAAUUGAUUGGCCACACUAUUGUUACUGUAUUAAUGCUUAUUUCAUUGCACUGGUUCAUCUUUCUCCUUAAUUUGCCUGUUGCCACCUGGAAUAUAUAUCGGUUCAUUAUGGUGCCAAGUGGGAAUAUGGGAGUGUUUGAUCCUACAGAGAUACACAACCGAGGGCAAUUGAAGUCCCACAUGAAGGAAGCCAUGAUCAAGCUUGGUUUUCACUUGCUUUGUUUCUUCAUGUACCUUUAUAGUAUGAUUCUGGCUUUGAUAAAUGACUGAACCUGGAAGGAGAUGCCUAAGUUGGAGUCUUACACUACAGUGAACAGUUGAGGAGCCAGAGAUGAGUUUAGUUCAUACCUAGAACCGUGUCCAUUAAGCAGUAUAUUUUUUUCCUCUUUGGACAAAAAAACAAAAACAAAAACAACCUAUUUUUGCUGUAUUUUUACCACAUAAAGUAUUUAAAAAACAUGAAUUGAGUUUUUGUAGAUUUGUGGUUCUCAGCCUCAGCCCUAGACCAUGUAAUCAAGGCACCUAUUUGAUCUCUUCUCUGUGUUGAAAAUCGUCAUUUGUUGAAGGAAUGGUAUUAUCAUUGAAGAACUGCAAGCCAAAGAAAUAAAGAAAUAAGUAUGACAAGAAAAGUUUCUUGGAUUAGCAAAAAUGUCCCUAUAUUUACAGUGAUAAGCCAGAGCUUACCAUGUCAGGAUCAGUCUGGCUAAAAGAAAAUUAGCAGCUCUUCUUUCCCUAUAUUUUUCAAUUUCAUGUACUUCAUAUGCAUUACAAUUUAUAGGACUUUCAACUAAAGUUAAUUUCACCUGAAUGUUAAAAAAGACAUUUCAACAGACUUCUUACAGAGGUUAUAAAAUUUGUUAAGUUGUUUACCCAGAAAUAGUGUCAACAAUACAAAUAGAGCAGGCAAAUUUGCCUAUCUUGAAUUAAUCGCUGCUCCUUCCACUUCUCCAAUUCCUUAAAUACACAGUUUUAAUG